UUCCAGAGAAAUCGCACCGUUGGAAACUGUGAUGCCACCUUGUUUCCAAACGUAAUGCCACCUCUCUCUCUCUUUCAGUCUCUCUCUCUGCUUCUCUCUCUCUUUAUAUAUGCAAGCCUCUCUCUCCCUUGUUCUACUCAAUCCCGUCGCUAGUCCUGCUCGACGUUGCUUGUAGAUUUAUUACAAAAUGGCGGGAAACGACUGGAUAAACAGUUACCUUGAAGCGAUUCUCGACGUUGAUCCAGGGCUAGACGAUAAAAAAUCGUCGCUAUUGCUAAGGGAGAGAGGCCGCUUCAGUCCCACUCGUUACUUCGUCGAGGAGGUCAUCACCGGCUUCGAUGAGACUGAUCUCUACCGUUCUUGGAUUCGAGCUGCAGCCAUGAGGAGUACGCAGGAGAGGAAUACUAGAUUGGAAAACAUGUGCUGGAGGAUUUGGAAUUUGGCUCGCAAGAAGAAACGGCUUGAGGGAGAGGAAGUUCAGCGUAAAGCUAAACGUCACAUUGAACGUGAAAGAGGUCGCAAAGAGGCAACUGCUGAUAUGUCUGAAGACUUAUCAGAAGGAGAGAAAGGAGAGGCGCACGGUGAAAUUUUGUCUCAUGGUGAUGGUGUUAGAGGAAGAAUGCCUAGAAUAACUUCUGUUGACGUCAUGGAGAACUGGGCUAAACAACACAAGGAGAAGAAACUAUAUAUUGUGCUGAUAAGCCUUCAUGGCUUGAUACGUGGUGAAAACAUGGAGCUUGGACGUGAUUCUGAUACAGGUGGCCAGGUUAAGUAUGUAGUAGAACUUGCAAGGGCCUUAGGCACAAUGCCAGGGGUUUAUCGGGUUGAUUUGCUGACAAGACAAGUCGCAGCUCCAGAUGUGGAUUGGAGUUAUGCUGAACCUACAGAGAUGUUGAAUCCAAGAAAUUCAGAGAAUUUUAUGCAGGAGCUUGGGGAAAGCAGUGGUGCCUAUAUAAUUCGUAUACCAUUUGGCCCAAAGCAUAAGUAUAUACAAAAAGAACUCCUUUGGCCUUACAUUCCAGAAUUCGUAGAUGGUGCACUUAGCCAUAUUAUCCAGAUGUCUAGAGUUUUAGGGGAGCAAAUUGGCAGUGGAAAUCCAGUCUGGCCUGUUGCAAUUCAUGGGCAUUAUGCUGAUGCAGGGGACUCUGCUGCUCUUCUCUCUGGAGCUCUAAAUGUUCCUAUGGUUUUUACUGGACAUUCACUUGGGCGGGAUAAGCUUGAACAACUUUUGAAACAAGGAAGGCAGUCAAGAGAAGAUAUAAACACAACUUAUAAAAUAAUGCGAAGAAUAGAGGCAGAAGAGUUAACUCUUGAUGCUUCUGAGAUUAUUAUAACUAGCACUAGACAGGAGAUAGAAGAACAAUGGCGCCUGUAUGAUGGUUUUGAUCCUGUACUAGAGCGCAAACUCAGAGCAAGGAUCAAGAGGGGAGUAAGCUGUCAUGGCAGGUUUAUGCCACGCAUGAUUGUGAUUCCUCCUGGAAUGGAAUUUCAUCAUAUCAUUCCGAAUGAUGGGGAUAUGGAUGGGGAAGAAGAUGAAAAAGGUGAAGACAAUCCUGCUGCUCCUGAUCCUCCAAUUUGGUCAGAGAUAAUGCGUUUCUUUUCAAAUCCACGGAAACCCAUGAUACUUGCCCUUGCCAGGCCUGACCCCAAAAAGAAUAUAACCACUUUAGUUAAAGCAUUUGGAGAAUGCCGCCCGCUAAGGGAGCUUGCUAACCUCACAUUAAUAAUGGGAAACCGUGAUGAUAUUGAUGAAAUGUCAAGCACAAAUGCAAGUUAUCUUCUUUCCAUCAUUAAGCUCAUUGAUAAAUAUGAUCUGUAUGGCCAAGUAGCAUAUCCUAAACACCACAAGCAGUCUGAUGUUCCUGACAUUUAUCGUCUUGCAGCAAAAACAAAGGGUGUUUUCAUCAAUCCUGCUUUCAUUGAGCCCUUUGGUCUUACAUUGAUUGAGGCUGCAGCUCAUGGUUUACCUAUUGUUGCUACAAAAAAUGGGGGUCCUGUUGACAUUCAUCGGGUACUUGACAAUGGACUACUAAUUGAUCCCCACGACCAGCAGUCUAUUGCUGAUGCUCUUCUGAAGCUUGUUUCAGAUAAACAACUUUGGGUUAGAUGUAGGCAGAAUGGACUGAAAAAUAUUCACCUUUUCUCAUGGCCAGAACAUUGUAAGACAUACUUAGCUCGAAUAACCAGUUGCAGGCCUAGGCAGCCUCAGUGGAAGAGAAGUGAAGAUGGGUUGAGAAGUGAAGAGUCUGAUUCACCUGGUGAUUCUUUAAGAGACAUUCAAGAUUUAUCUUUGAAGCUUUCAUUGGAUGGAGACAAAAAUGAAAGUGGAACUCUUGAUAAUUCUCCAGAUAUUGAGGAAAAUGCUGCAGAUGGGAAGGACAUGUUAGGCAGAAAUGUUUUGACAUUGUCAAAAGGUGCUAUAAGAGGUGCACAGAAUGAAUCAACAGAGAAAGUGGACAAAAAUGUUAGCAGUAGCAAAUUUUCAUCGCUGAGGAAGAGGAAACACAUUUUUGUUAUUGCAGUAGAUGGUGAUACAACGUCAGAUUUUCUUGAAACUGUUAAGAUUGUUGUUGAGGUAUCAAUGAAGGAAAACUCAAUAGGGUUCAUUUUAUCGACAUCCAUGACCAUAUAUGAGAUACACUCACUUCUGGCCUCAGGAGGCUUGAGCCCAUUGGAUUUUGAUGCAUUUAUAUGUAACAGUGGUAGUGAAGUCUAUUAUCCAUCUUCAAGCACUGGGGAUGUUGCUGGGCUUCCUUUUGUAUUAGACUUGGAUUAUCAUUCACACAUUGAAUACCGUUGGGGUGGAGAAGGUUUGAGGAGGACUCUGGUCCGUUGGGCUGCUUCUAUAAAUGAUAAGAAGGGACAGGAACAAAUUGUUGUAGAAGAUGAAUCAGGAUCAACAGCACAUUGCUUUGCAUUUAAAGUGAAAGAACCAUCGUUGAUCCCUCCAUUUAGAGAACUUCGGAAAUUGAUGAGAAUUCAGGGCCUCCGCUGCCAUGUUAUUUAUUGUCAGAAUGGUGCCAAGAUAAAUGUGAUCCCUGUGUUGGCUUCUCGAUCCCAAGCCCUCAGAUAUCUAUACGUUCGAUGGGGUGCAGACUUGUCAAAUUUUGUGGUUUUUGUGGGGGAAUGUGGUGAAUCAGAUUACGAAGGCCUACUUGGUGGACUUCACAAGUCAGUUAUAUUGAAGGGAGUUGGCAGCACUGCUCGUAAGCUUCAUGCUGACAGAAGCUAUCCUUUGGAAGAUGUUACACCAUUCGAUAGUGCCAAUGUUGUCCAAAGCGAGGGAUGCAACGUUAAUGACAUAAAGCAAUCACUGGAGAAACUAGGGGUUCUCAAGAUCUAGAAAAUUACAGCAUCUUCGCCUCUUAUGAGAGAACUCUUUUCACUCUGCCAAAUUUUGCGGCAGAGAUGCAUCCUGAAACUUGUUUCAUUAAUGCAAAAAUGAAUUAACUUCUUGGUUUAUUAUAAUAGUUGCGUCUGUUACAUAGAAAAUUUAUGCUACAAAUCGAUUGGACCGAUACAA